UCGCCCUCUCAAAGUCACUGACGUCACAGCGGAAGUAGUGCUGAACUGAAGCAUGCGCGUGCACAGAGCUCUAAACUGGAUUAUCAGUAUAUAACUUCCAGAAUAUUGUAAUAAAUACACAGUUUAUAGAGAACAGGUGGUGGCGCCAUGGCACCUCCGUUUCUCCCUUCUCUGCUCGGGUCCCUGACUCGGCAGCUGUCUCGGGCUGUGCAGCAUGCGUCUGUCACCUGUAUCCCUGCUGCUGGAGCACAUCGCUGCAUUUCCACCAUCACUGCUGCUGUGGUUCAGGCCAGAGGAAGCUUUCAGGCCCGGCUCAUUCCUUUCCGAGCGCCGUUACUCGGACAGAACCAGCACUUCGUUGCUCUGCAGCCUUCGAUGGGCAUGAAAACCAAAACAGCUCUGAAGAAACGGUGUAAAGACUGCUUUUUUGUACGUCGCCGUGGGCGACUGUAUGUCUUUUGCAAGAGCCACCCGAGGCACAAACAGCGGCAGGGGUGAAUCUGUUCUGAAGCUUUUCGGAUCACUGUUUUUUUCUGUAAUAAUAAAGUUAAGUGUGAGUGAUGAA